AUGGUAGACGAUUCAAGCUAUCUUACUCCACACGAAACUGCACUGGCAGUGGUGGCCACCUCUAUGAAAAAAGCGAGGCUUCAGCUGGACACAUUGGUAGUAAACUCCAUACUGGGCGGUAUUCUCUUCAGUAGUGGUUCGUUCUUGUUGGUGGCAGUGCAUUCCGAUGAUCCUGGUAUGGUCGCGCAAAACCCAGGUUUAGUGAAUCUUAUAACUGGUGUAACCUUUGCCAUAGGGUUAUUCUACGUGGUAAUAAUGGGUGCUGAUCUUUUCAACUCCAAUAUUCUAUUUUUCUCUGUGGGAGUUAUGAGAGGAGCGGUCACUAUUUAUGAUUUAAUAAUCUCAUGGCUUGUUAGUUGGUUGGGUAAUAUUGCUGGCUCGCUUUUCGUUUCAUACCUUUUUGGUCAUCUUACAGGCAUUGGUUCUCAAGAGCUCUGGAUGAAGGGCUCGAAACAAAUCAUUGAACAAAAAGCCUCAUUCUCAUUCAUUCAAACUUUCCUGAAGGGUAUUGCGGGGAACUUCUUCGUCUCUUUGGCCAUUUACCUUCAAUUAAUGGCAAAGCCUAUUCACGUCAAAUUCAUUGUAAUGUCAUUUCCUAUCAUUACUUUUGUAUCCAUCGGAUUUACGCAUGUGGUGGCUGAUAUGUCUGCAUCAUUUAUUGCCAUGCUCAACGGCGCAAAUGUUUCCGUAGGUGAAUACAUUUGGAAACUACUGAUCCCUGCUUCUUUGGGUAACAUUGUUGGAGGUGUCUUUUUCAGUGCAGUUGUUCCAUUCUAUUUACAUUUGGUGGUUGUGGAACGUGAUAGAAAGAGACUAUCCUUGCCAGAAUACGAGGCAAGAGACGAACAACCAGAAUUGAAUAUGGAUUCAAGAGUUGUCAGAAUACCAAAACAUGAACUUAAGGAAGAAAGGGAUGGCGACGAUGACGAUGAUGACGACGACACCACUGCAACUGGUGGCGACAUUGAAGACCUGAGUGAAAAGGAUUCCACAUCCUUAUUUAAUAAAGCACAUGAUGGUUCGAGUAUUUUGACUGGUAGGAGCCUAAACUCGUUCUUAUCCAUACCUUCAUCGGCAGUAACCUCAAAGAAUGCUACCAUAGAGUCAAAUUUGGGAGAGCCCAUAUCAUUCAUACCUAUACCCAAUUCUACCACAAAUUCCUCGCAUUUACAGUUACGGCACAACCGCUCAACCAAAUCUAUUAAUAGUCGCCAUUCUAAAAAUUACCAUAGUAUUAGAUCACCACCCGGUGUUUUCCCUGUAAGAGGGAUGGGCGAACCGUUAGAGAGAGAAAAAACCAUUGAGGAUGCAACCUAUGAUCCAAAGGAAGAUAAGCAUUUUUUGGAAAGAGCUGAAACUCACAACUCUACCUUUGUGAAAAAUAAUAAAGAGAAUGAUAACAUCCUAAGGUUAGUAAAAACUGAACAAAAUCGGGAGCAGAACGAGUACGAGGAAAACGGUGGAUACAAUAUCCUGGAGAAUAAACCAGGGACCAGGUUAGAAAAGAUGAUCACUCAUUUUGCAGAAGGUUUUCCUUCAAAAGAAUCGACUCCGCCAGGGCUACCUAGAACGACACAAGACACUUUCCCUUAUAACGCCCCUGCUUCGUCUCCCGCAUAUACCGGCAACAUUCACUCACUGAAAAGGGUCAAUAGUACCACUUUGGGCGGGUUGUUUAGGGCAGUUUCGAGAGAGUUCCAUACAAGCAAAGAUGCAGAAUUUUCAAGUGACCUACUCAAAAAAACUUCCACUGCCCCCAAACUAUAG